CUUUCAAAAUAAAACAUCCGGUGUCAGAUAAGAUCCGCCUGCUGCAGCAGAUUUACUUUAAUUACAAAUGCAAGAAAGUCAAACAUGACGUACUAUAUCAUAAUGACUUUUUUGUGCCCUCACUUUUUUUUUUUAUACUUUCACUAUCGAAUAUAAACAUGGCAACAUUCGGCGUUGGUGAUUUAAUCUUUUGUGUAGUAGGCAAUUACACAAAGAAUUGAGAAAACGACAAGAUAUAAAGAGAUGCCCAAAAACUGAAGUUAAAAAAUGUGGAAAAAUAUGGACAAUCAGUUAAUCUUAAUGUUCCUGUGACCACGGUGCUCAAAAUCAUCAGGAUUUCAUCAGUUAAACACUCUUGAAGUUCAUAGAUGUAAUGGGGAUUCUUGGCUCUUUUUUUUUUUUUUUUUUUUUUAUGCCUCGAAUUUGUGAAUGAUAUCAUGAAAUCAGAUGAUCAUCAAGGAUUUUUGGGGGGGGAUUGCAGAGGUCAGUCCCAGCUGCAUCUUCAUGUGAGGUCAAUGAUCUGUGACACACUUCAAACGGGUCUCAGAAACAAAGCACUGCGUUCUGAAAUCACUACGGAUUUUUAUCCCAUUGAACAGCAGUGGAGAGAUCCCACAAUGAUAGUGGAGGACAUCCUUCAACUCGGAAACUACCUGGAGCUGUUUGCAAAACAUUGUCCAAAAUUCUAGAGAGGCAUAAGGAACACAUUCAUAGUUACAGGAAGUAAUGGAUUUCAGUUAGUUUUAUUUAUUUUUUUAUUCAAAGGAGUGUCUAUCAAAUAUCACAUCAAGUGUGUGUUUUUGAGUUCUGUGUGAAUAAUUGUUAGAUAACAAUUUUCUCCUCUUUUUUGGGGGGUUGUUCCAGUGCAAAAAAAAAAAAAAUAAUAAUUAUUAUUAUUAACAAACUAACAACAAUGAACUUUAAAAUGUUUGUAAUUUGCAAAACUUUCUGAGAGAAGUGAUGCAUUUUCUGAUAGGAUUAUAAGUCAGUGACAAGUUAAAGUGAUGUUGAAUAUUUCUUCUUUUUAAUGAGAUUUUGGGGCAGCUGUGGUCCAGAGGUAGAGCGGUCGACCUCUGUGCGCCCAUGUGUCAAAGUGUCCUUGGGAAGGCACUGAGCCCCACAUUGCUCCUAGUGGUCAGAGGGUUGGGGCCAGUGUUCGGUACCUUUUGAAUGGAUGAAUGGGACUGUAAAGUGCUUUGGACGCAGCACGAAAUCAAAUUAUAGAUUUUUUCAAACUUUUUAGUUAUUUUAUUCAUGGUUUUAAUUAUUACAUUUUUAGCAUCUUUACAUGAAAUGAAUGUUAAAAAAAAAAACCAUUGGAAUUUGGCAUCCCCUCCAGCAGAUGGCGCCCUAGGCGGCGGCUUAGGUCACCUAUGCUCAGUAACAUAUGUGUACAUUAUUAAUUAUAAUGAAAACCCGCUCAGAGGAUCAUCUCGAUCUAUGCAGCAUCUUUGUUUGUUUACAAAGAAACUCACUAUUUGUUCUUCUACGACUAUUUCCGACAGUUCUGUGCAUGUCAAAAUGAUCUAUUCCAAUCAAACGUGUGGCGCAUGUAAACAUGUCUUAGAUUUUAAUGCAAAUAGGGCACUAAUUUUAUAAAAAUGUUAUUGAUACACUGGAGCUCACUGACGUUUCCUGUCAUUAACCUGCAUCUUUAAGAGCUAUUUUAAAAGCAAUCAUCUAAAAAAAAAAGAAUAGAUCAGUUUUCAAACUGAAUGUGAUUUCUUUUCAUGAUUUCUUUUCUAUGCAUUUGUUCAGGUGAGGUUUUAAACAGAAAACACAAACAAAAAAAGGGCUUAGAAAAACUUAAAUGAACCAAAAUACGUCAAACAACAUUUAAUUCCGGGGCUAUAAAGUGUCCUGAAGGAUCCAGAUGAUCCCUGAUUUGAUCCAGACCGAGCUUCACAACAUGAAGGACCUUAAAGCAAACACACACUUUCCGACUCGGACUAAUCCUUUUUGACCUUUAACCUCAUAAACACACAAAAGAGGACUCAUCAGGCUUCUAACCACAGACUACAGUAACACCUGCUCAAAUAAAUCUCAGCAACAACUCCUGAACUUGUAUUAUUACUCAUAAAUAAACGUAUCGUUCAUGCGGUGUAACAAUUAAACUGUGUUUUUUAGGCCCGUUGCUCGAAAAUGGACCCUGGUGCUGUUCAUGGGCACAUGCCUCCUCUACUGCGCCCGGAUGACCAUGCCGGUGUGCGCCGUUUCCAUGGCCACCAGAUUCCACUGGAGCAAAAUCGACUCUGGUCUGGUCCUGGGUGGGUUCUUCUGGGGUUACUGCUUCACGCAGAUCCUGGGAGGACACGCCAGUGACAUGGUGGGGGGAGAGAGGGUCCUGCUCCUCUCUGCUGCCUCAUGGGCCGUCAUCACAGCAGGAACUCCUCUGCUGGCUCAUCUUGGCUCUCACCAGCUUUUCCUCAUGACUCUGGCCAGAAUCCUGAUGGGAUUACUGCAGGGUGUUUUUUUCCCGUCUUUGGCCAGCCUGUGCUCCCAGCGAGUGCUAGAGGGGGAAAGAGGGUUUUUAAUGAGCACCAUGAACAGCGGCACUUAUCUCGGAACUUUGCUUGCUGGUGGGAUGGGGUCUGUGCUGCUGGAGCAGUAUGGAUGGGAGAGCAUGUUCUAUUGUUCAGGUUUGCUGUCGGGACUCUGGGCUCUCACUGUUUGGCAGUAUUUACUAAAAGGUGAAGUCACCCCGGCCCAGGUAAAAGCACAGAACCACACACAGCCAGGACUGUCAAGAAAGCGUUGGCUGAAACUUUUAAAAAAGCCUCCAAUCUGGGCGAUGGUGUUUGCCCACAUGUGCACAUGCAGCACGGCUUACACUCUCCUGUCCUGGCUGCCAACGUACUUCAGAGAAUCCUUCCCUGAUGCUCAGGCUGGGGUUUAUAACGUGGUUCCAUGGCUGACUGCCAUUCCGUCAGCGCUGAGUGGAGGAUGUGUUUCAGACCUGCUCAUCACUCGAGGUUAUGGUGUGCUGACUGUCAGGAAAAUAAUGCAGUUCUGUGCCAUGGGUGCGUCCAGCGUCUUCAUCCUGCCGCUGGCUGGAGAAGUCGAUUUCCCAUCAGCCGUCAUCUUCAUUUCUGCUUCUGUGGGGUUAUCCACAUUUAGUAGUGGUGGCGUAUCUGUGAAUGUGCAGGACCUCACACCAUCAUGUGCUGGAGCUCUUUAUGGUACAUCUAAGCUUCUUAUUUCCUCCCAUCAGUUUUUUAAGUGUAUUUGUCAAAUAUUCUGGUUUUCUCUUACAGGUUUCAUGAAUAUGAUGGGGGCCUUUAUGGGUCUGCUGCUGGUGUCCUUUUCAGGCUACCUGAUAGAGAUCACUCUGUCGUGGGCCGCAGUGUUCUCCUUCAUCAUUCUGGUGAAUGCCAUUGGUCUUUGGAUCUUCCUCAUCUUCGGAGAUGCUCAGCGUCUUGAUCAGACGGCUCACUGCCAGCUGGUUGUGGUUUGACAUAGACUGUCUUCACUCAGACUGAGGUCUUUGCUGCUCAACCACUCGAGGAUUCAGCAUCAAACCCAAGACUUCUAAAGAUUUCUCUUUCUUAACUUAUUUUUGAUUGUAUUAGAAAAGGAGAGUUGUUCAAAAAAAGUAAUGAAACUGUUUUGGAGCAUUGUGAAUAUUUCUGUAUCCAUUAAUAUGAACAGUAUAUUUAUUGGUCCUAUAAAACUGUGUCAUUACCCUUUUUCUAAAGGAAAACCACAAUUUUUAUGAAAAAAUAUGCAAGAACUUUGUAUUAUUUUGAUGUAAUGAAGGCCACAGAAAGUCAACAAGCACUUUGAGAGAUAAAACUCAAGCAAACAUUACGGAACAUUGAUGAAGUGCAUCAUCUUGGACCUCAUAUCAUAACACCCGUGCCUUACAAAUGUUCAAGUGCAAUAGAAGGAGCUCUUAUGCAUGAAGUGCAGCGUCUCCUGACUGAUCAGGAAGGUGGAUUGUGUGUUCUCAUUAAAAGCCAACACUACA